AUGAAUAAACUAAACCCAAUGGAUAUUCUUCCAAUCAUUUGGCCUUAAAAAUAAUCUGCAAGACAACAGGAAAUAUAAAGAGUUACUUAAGAACUCAUGCAAUUAAAGGAAGAUUAGCCCAAUCUGACCGAAUCCAUUAAUUUUACGAUCUAGUAUUUAGCGUCUCAUGCUCCGUAUAUAGAUGUUGUUGUUUUUUUUCAAAGCUUAGUUAAUAUUAAACAUCCUAUUUAAGAUUUGCUUAAUUAUUUAAGCACAUUCUCUGAGUAUACGCUAACACAAGUAGUGAGAAAAGUUAAUUUAAAUGAAUUGAAUUCUGAUUCUGAUGAAACAGAUUUUACAUAUAGUGAUCCCUAUGAGGAGAAGAAAUAACAAUUUAAUAUUAAAAUGAUGAAACGAGUUAGUUUUCCUAAAUUAUAAAAACUAAUAAGUGAUAUUUAUAGGCUGGAAAUGUUAACUAAAAUAUAUUCAUGGAUGAACUAGAUAGCAUAUGUUGAUUAUGUUAAGGUGAGUGUGUCAACUAUCAAGAAGACAUUGCAAACUGAAUACUUAGAUGAGUUAACGAUAAACACUGUUAUUUAAUGUGCCAAAGGAUUAUGUUAAUGUGGAAAUUAAUAUUUAUAAGAUACACCCAAACUCGAGAAAUUGAAAAUAGCACUUCAUAAGAUAGCUCAAUUUCAAGAUGUCGAUCUUUAAAUCCUCCUCACUUUAUAACAAAACGAUCUCAAGCCUAUUAAAGAAUGUGUUUGGACUAGACAAUAGGUGAUCUAAUGUAUUGUAUUAUUUUGCUUGAUAAAAUGCGAACUUUUAAUUCAUGAUUUUUAAUUUUAAAUAAUGUAAUCUAAACCUUGUUGUACUUUUGAAAUCUCAUGGAAUGAAUGUGGCUUUAGUUAGAUAAGGGAUUACUUCCCAAAAUUAGCCAAGAAACUUAAUAAAAGAUAUAAAAUUGUGAAAGAUAUUCCUUUAUAUGACGUAAAAACCAAUAAUUCAAUAUUUGUUUACGCUCAAUCAUUGAUUGGAUAUCAAUAUCACAAUUAUGAAAAUUUUUAAUUAUAAGAUAAUCUAAAAUAAUCGAUAAAAGACAUUCUAUAAAAUUCAAAUUCAGAAAAAAAUUUAGCUCUUCAAAUAAUUGUUUCAAAUGCUAUUAUGUUUGCAUAAUUGCUUAAAGCAUUAAAAUGA